AGCUUUAAAGUUGUUUUCUAUGAAUAAUAUAAAAUAUAGGGUCAUAGGUACUCUAUAAGAAUAAUCAAGCACCAUGUUUUUUAGCCCUUACUUUCAGGUUUUGGUUUUGUUCCUAAGGUAUUUACUUUUUAUAAGCCGAACUUUUAUUGCAAGUUUUACAGGAAAAUGAGUUCAGUUCCCUAGGUAUAUAGAUUAUAGGUUUUUGUCACUAACAUCACUAGACAUAUUAUUAUACUACGUAACUGCUAACAGCUGAUUAUUAAGUUUUCGUUGAAUAAAAAAAACCCAGAAAGUAAGUACAUUUACAAUCACAAUAGAUUGAAUCAUCAACAGUUAUUAGUAAUUCAAAAUUUUUGUUUGCUCUAUUAUGCUAUUUAGCUUUUUGUCGGGUAUGUAGUCCGUAUUACGCCUAUAUUUUAAUCAUUCUAGUUGUUUAUACUAAUUAUACCGCGUCGAGGUCAAACUACUUAACAUUCCCUCCACUUACACGAGUGUUACAACAAUUAUUGCUAUUGCUGCUUUCGAUUCGGCCAAAAAUACAAUACACGAUCAUUUGUUGUUGGCGUGUGUAUAUAUUCAACGGGCGAUAACAGGUACAAGAUGCGAAUUGUAGGAAAUCGAUAUUAGUUUAUCAUUUUAUUGUUAUUGUAGUUAUUAUGUGUUGUAACUUGUAAAUGGCUACCGGUUUCUCGACCUUGCCCGAUUCACCUAUACCGUUUGUGUCGUAGGUGAACGGCCUUUUUUCAUACCAUUAUUAUUUUAUUCUACACACAUGAUAACGCUACGAAGAUAAAGCACAUCAUAUCAGUACAUACACCGUACACGUAGUAUACAGAGCGUUUUAGAACAAUAGAAAUACUGACAUUCAACAUUUUAAACAGAAAUCAUACAGUAGAAGUUUUACUUGUUAAACACGGCGUACGUGUCUUCCAAGUUUAAAAUAAUAAGCAAUGUAAUUUAUUAGUUAUUAUUCGACGAUUCCGAAUUGAAUUUUUCAGAUCAAUCUUAGUACCUCUAUAAAAUUAUAAUUAUUGUCAUUGGUUCCUUCUUCGACCACUUAUUAAACACAAUAAUUACCCUCAAAAAAUGAGUGUACAUUUUAAAAUAAACACGAAUUUCUGUAAUUUCAACUUGACGGCCCAUAGUGAAUUCUCCAAGCUAAUCUAUACAAUUUUUUUUUUUUAUAAAGAAAACUUUAACCUAACUUGCUGUGUUCAAUUUUCUUUCUGAAACAUCCUGUAUACAGACAAUACAAUAAGCAUAAUAGUAUAAGUAAUCGUCCCGCACUCGGUAGGCAGUGCGAGACCACUUUUGACAGUCGCCGAAAACACUUUAAACUGUAGUAAUAUUUAUUACCUUUACCGAAAUUAUCAGUCGUUCGAUUUUUGUUUUACCUUUUAAUCGUGUGCGGUUUUACUAUUAACAGUUGUAGCUAUACGUAAGUGUACAACAUGUGACAUCUACUGAUCCAUCUAUAUAUCAUAAUAUUCCACACUUCACAUUGAGUAAGGACUUUGGUGAGCCUGUACGUCUCUGGAAAACUACUUAUGCCUGAAUAAUAUUAUAUUAUACACACGCUGUUCCUUCACUGGUCGAAAAGGACAAGGACGGCGACCGUGAAGGUAAAAGCAGUCUAUCCGAAAUGGAAAACGGCGAAAGGCACCGGAUUCAGUUCACUAGCAACGAGGCCAUAGCUUCGGAUGAACUGUGCGACCAUCGAAUGUCGGCAGCCCUAUCUAGCUGUUUUACCGUAUUGUUUUCUGUGGUUAUCGUAUGGUACUUACUCUACGUGAACUUGUCGCCAUACUUGACGGCCUUUCCCGGCGGAAGCGUUACUUCGUUGUACUUGCUGUAUGUGGCAGGCGCGGCUGCCGGUUGGCUAGUCGAAGAGGUCGCAGGUCUACCGCCGCUCUUGGGAAUGCUGGUGGCCGGAAUAGCGCUACAGAACUGCGGCCUAUAUGUUCUCAAAGCCAGUUGGUGCAUUCAUCUGGUGGCGAUCAUGAGAGAAGCGGCGUUGUCGGUUAUCCUAAUCAAAGGCGGUCUUGGUCUCGACCCUGGACAGUUGCGUCGACUUAGCGGAUCUGUUAUCAAACUAGCGAUAUUUCCAUGCGUGGCCGAAGCAUUGGCGGCCGCCGUAAUAGCUCAUUACACUCUAACCAACUUAACAUGGGAAUGGGCAUUAACACUCGGAUUUGUCUUGUCGGCCGUCAGUCCCGCUGUGUUGGUACCACGUCUUCUAUGGUUAAAAAACAGAGGCUAUGGCGAGUCAAACGGAGUAGGUACUCUGGUGAUAGCAGCGUCUAGUCUCGACGAUAUAUUGUCUAUUAGCGCCUUUGGCGUAUUACUCGGUUUGGUAUUCUCUGAAGGUAAUUUGGUAAGUAAGAUUAUCCAAGGUCCAGUGGACGUAUGCAUCGGUGUGGCAUUAGGAAUGGUGUGGGGUUUGAUAAUGAUAUACAUGCCACCUUCGCCAUGGGCUAAUAAAUACAGCAACCACGGAGACGACGAAGACCACAAAGACCAAACUGCAGAUCAACUAGAACAGGCAACGAUGACCAAAAGAUGUUUCCUUCUGGGCGCUGGUGGAUUUUUGGCGGUCACGGGAAGUCAGCUGUAUGGAUAUCCGGGCGCUGGACCACUGGCUUGCAUCAUAUCGGCAUUUGUUGCAAACACUGGUUGGAAAUGGAGAUUAAAAAAGCGCCUCGAGCAUAUUGGCGUGCCAGUUUUCGAAAUUGAACCGCUUUCCAAGCAGAAAAAUACGGUUGAAGGAAUGUUUGACAAGUUUUGGUUUGCUCUACAACCGAUAUUGUUCGCGUCCAUAGGAACCGAAAUCAAAUUUGAGCUCCUCCAAGGCAGCGACAUACUCUUGGUCGGUUUGAUAGUGUUGGCGGGAGGACUAAUCAUCAGGUUGAUCGUUACGUCUUGCUGUAUAUCGGGCACCGGAUUCGACUGGAAAGAAAUGCUUUUCAUUAACAUAGCGUGGCUGCCAAAAGCCACCGUACAGGCUGCAUUGGCUCCAGUAGCUCUGGACAGGGCAAGAACAAAAGGCACAGACGAAGAUGUGGAAUCUGCCACUCAGCUAUUGACUGUAGCAGUAAUUUCCAUAUUGGUGACAGCACCAAUAGGUGCGAUUGGAAUACAGUGGUUGGGGCCAAAAUUACUGAAGAAGACUACUUAAAACAGACAAAACUGUACACGUUAUUCGUUUGACUUUUCUUUGUAUAAUAUGCACUUUUAUGUUUAUUUAAUUGUAGAAUAAAAAACAUACAUUUUUUAUGGAACCAUACAGUUUACAAAUAAUUAGUUUU